AUGGUCCGCCCCAGAGACCCCUCUGCAGCACCCAACGCCGGUCAGGUGGACCCUACCACCCUCCCAGUCCUGGACCACAACUUCUACCCACACCUGUUUGACCUCAUUGUCGACCAUGCCCCAGUCAAGAGUCUGAUUCGACUCCGCGGCACAUGCAAAGACCUGUGCAACCGCAUCGAUGGCAUCUUUAUGAACUCGCUGGUCAUCCAUGGCCACCCCACAUUCCAAAAGGACAAAUCGGUAGAGACGCACCUGGGCAGGGCUCCGUUGCUGUUCUGGGUGGACCACGAGGGCAUGUUUGUCACUUCGCGUCGCCAAAGCCCACAAGGCAAAUUGGCAAAAAAGCGAGUCAUGGCCGCAGUCGCCGGCGUCAAAGUCGUCGACGUUAUUGGCAAGCUUCCCGAGUGGUGCGUGCCUCUGCUACAGCACAUCCCCGCGGAGCUGGACGUCGCUCGGUACUUUAUCAACCAGCCCAACGUGGGCGAACAGGCGCAAGACAAGGUCCUCGCUCAGCUGCCAGCACGCAAGACGAUCAUGUUUUGCAGCUUUGACACGUCCGAGGACGUACCAUACUUGGAGAUUGCCCAGGUCGGGUACAAGUCGGGCAAGGUGAUUGUCAACGUCGACGUGGAGAACAGCAUCGACGACCUCCCGCUCGCCGCGACCGCGUACCCGGAGAUGCCUUGGAACCAAAACAUCAACGAACUGGUUAUCCGAUUUGCGCUUCCCGAACCAACUGUCGGUGCGCAUCCCGUGUGGUCGAAACGGCGACCUUCACGUCUGGGUAUUUUCGAAGUCAUCGCCGACGCGCUCGUCGACCAGCUGCCCGUGAUCGAGAAAAUGGUCUUGGUGGACAUUACCGCCCUGGACCCACUGCUUCUUGGGUUCCGCACCCCGGUAACCCCGGAGCAGUUGCAGGACCGUAUCGUCGACAAGCUCAAGGCCAAGGCCGCAGUGUACCGUGAUGUCUGGGGCCACGUACACCAUGCCGACUGGACCACCCAGAUGCUCAAGAGUGCCGUGGACAAUAUCCAGUUUAUGACCAGUCAGGAGUACGAGGCGACCCUGCCGCCCAACGAACUGUACCUUGAGAUUGAACCGGCGCCGCCGUCGACGCACCGCCCCAUCUCCGUGCGCGAGUAG